AUUUUUUCUUCUCUUCUUGCGUGUAAAAACGAGAGAGGAUUCCUAAAGUACAAAACCUAACGGCCUCUUACAGAAUGGGAGACGAGGCGGCAUAUGAUAAAAAUUCAAAGCAUGAAGACGAGCCCGCGUGUUCAUUGUACGUGUCCAGAGCCACCAACAGUCAUCCUCAGGGUUUGCCGGAUGAGCUGUCAAAAUGCGAUUUGGAGGAGGCCAUACAUGAAUCCGAACCAUCUGGCAGCUGGAAUGUCUCACAAACAUCCUGUGGGUUAAUUGUCACAUUUUCUCUAGAAGCAGAUGCUGAAAAACUUGUUCAACGUGGUAAUUUAUCCCGUGUCUUCCAAGGAUCCAUUCAGGUGGCCCGAUUUUCAGCUCGUGACUCGCGCUAUCGACAAUCAGUAUUCUUGCGUGAUGUUCCCUGGGCAAUACCACUCGAAGAUCUCAGCUCAGCGCUGGUCAAGCAGGGCAUUAACAUCUCUGCGAUCGAGAGAUGCCGGCAGUACGUCCGGGUUGAGGUACUGGAUGCUAGUCAGUAUGAACACCUUCUGCGUCAAGGUCUGGACUUCUUCGGAGCCGCGCGAUUUAGUGCACUACCAGAGCGAAUCAGUUGGUGGCGACCAAGUGCCAAUGGGAUAAAUGGACCCCAUCAGCUGGCAAUUAUUCCAGGUAGCGCUACUGAAGGAUCCAAUGCUCAGCAACCUGACGGAGUGCUCCAGUGCUACCGAUGCCAGGGAUUUUGGCAUGUGGCUGCCAAUUGUAGACAUCUUCCUAGAUGUGUACGCUGCGGCGAACCUCAUAGCGUUGAAUUUUGCUCUCGUCCUCGGAACAAUCCUGUCUGCUGCCAUUGCUCCGGUCCUCAUCACGCUGGAUUUCGACAGUGUCCAGUGAGACUGCAGCUUCUUAACGCCACGCCAAUAAGCAUAACUCUAAGCACGAGCCGCAGUGCCCAUGAUUGCGCUCUUAAGUCGAACCUCUCCCAAGGUCAACAAGCUGCGACCCCAAAUCAUCAACCAUGA